UCUCAAAUUAAUUCUGCAGGCAAAUAAAUGUAUUAAUGGGACACGAAAUUGGUCACUGUAUAGUGACACAAGCGGGAUGUGAAAUUGGUCAUUCUUUAUAAUUACACAAGUCCAUGGCACAGAAUGUGUUUGUGAAACUGGGUUUUCUUUGUUAUUUACAGAGGUGGGUGGUGUUAAAGAUUGUUUUCAGAAUUUCUAUUACUUCUGCAAAACAGUUUGUGUUAAUGCAGGAAAUGAUAGAUUUCUUUCAAAAGUAAUUUGGGCGUACAAUCUUUCAUUUUGCUUAGUCAGAAAAGUGGAGACUUUCUUCUCAUCAGCAAGAACGUUGGAGUGGAGAAAGGAAGAUGAAUACUCCUGAAAUGGCAGAUGGGUUCACCACGAUUUCUGACUAUGGAAACCUACCAGGACCUAUCUAUAAUCCUUAUGUCAACAUAUUUUCUUCCUAUGUUGUGCCACCACUUUACUCUUUGGUGUUCAUAUUUGGCCUCCUGGGAAAUGCGCUAGUUGUGCUGAUUCUCAUCAAAUACAAGAAACUCAAAAACAUGAGCGAUAUCUACUUGCUGAAUCUGGCUAUCUCUGACUUGGUUUUCAUUAUCUCACUCCCAUUUUGGGCUUAUUAUGCAGCAAAUGAGUGGGUAUUUGGCAAUGCAGUGUGCAAAAUCCUUUCUGGAGUCUUCCGUGCCGGCUUCUACAGUGGAAGUUUCUUCAUCACCCUUUUGACAAUCGACCGGUACCUGGCAAUUGUUCAUGCCAUAUUUGCACUGAGAGCCAGGACAGUUUUCUAUGGGACCUUCUCAAGUGCUAUCACUUGGGUGGUAGCAACAUUAGCUUCUGUGCCUGCAUUACUAUUUUCCCAUGUUCAAAAAGAAGGCGAGAGUUGUAAAUGCAACCUUUUUUAUCCCCCUGGAAAAGAAGAAGAAUGGAAGCAAGUUGUCACUUUAAUGAUGUUCAUCCUGGGCUUAGCCAUUCCAUUGGCCAUAAUGAUAUUCUGCUACUAUCAGAUUAUAUGGGUUUUGAUAAAGGGUCAAAAUGAAAGAAAGCGGAAGGUAGUCAGGCUAAUCUUUGCCAUAAUGAUUGUUUACUUCAUCUUAUGGAUGCCAUAUACAAUCACCAGUUUACUACAUACCUAUCAAAAUGCAUUUUUCUCAUGUGGCUUGGAUGCUGAUUGUGAUGGCAACUUUGCUUUGGCCCUUGAAGUGACAGAAGUCAUUGCUAUGAUUCAUUGCUGCCUCAACCCUCUGAUUUAUGCCUUUGUGGGAGAAAACUUUAGGAAAUAUCUCUCUGUCUUUUUCCAAAAGCACGUUGCAGUUUACUUAUGCAGACUCUGUCCAGGUCAACCCCGUCCCAAAUUAGAACAGCCUUCUUCCUCCUACAGAAGCACAACAGUACACAACAUUCAUUUUAGUUUGUAAAGUACUGUUCAACUCUGUCUAUUUUGAGCCCUUUCUUACUGUACGGUGUAACUAGGAUCAGCAGACUGCUCAGAAGGAGUAGGAUUGCCAUAUGCAAUGCGGAUGUCACUUUUUCUCAGCUCUGGUACCUUGAUUGUUGUGACUGUUGGCAAUGGUUUCUCCAGACUAUCUUUUUGAUAAUCUCUCCACCUGCUCUGUUUCACUCAAAAUGACUUUAUGGGCUUUUGAACAGACUUGUAGAAUGCUGUCAAGGUAGCUGAAUGGAAUAAUAGUGCUAUAGUAUUUUAGUAUGAAACCAUCAGACAUGCUCUGAUGGAGAGCAGAUCCAAAAUGAAACAUUGGAACAAAACUGAGAUUUAACAAAUAAAUACCAAUCUCUAGUUUUGGAAAUCAAGUGUCCCUCAAGUCAAGAUGAUAAACUUUUGAGAUGUAUGAAGAAAAUGUGCUCCAAAGCCACAAUGUUUACUUUGUGUAGUAAUUUAAAAGAAACUCUAUAUAGAUGGUAUUUAAUCCCAGGUAAAAUGUUGAAAAUGGUCCAGAAUGUUUCAGACCAGUGCAGGGGCUUCCUUUUUAUGUGUGAUGGACUUGUAAGAAGGCAAAAAAUAAAAAUAAAAAUUGAUUACUGUA